UACAGUACUUCAUUCUGUUCCAGAAGAAUCACCACCUUUAUUGUCAUGAACUUGCAUUCACGCACGCACGCACACGGAAUUUGUUAUCUGCAUUUAACCCAUCAUAGUGAAUACACAUACUUGUUAGUAGAACACACUGGAGCAGGGGGCAGCUGAAGCACCUGGGGAGCAGUUCGGGGUAUCAGUGUCUUGCUCAAGGACACCAUAGCCAUGAGUCCGGGGGAUGGUCCGGUCGGGGUCUUGAACCUAGGUCCCCCACGGUGGCAGACAAUGAUCUUAACCAUUGGGUCAUGACUGCCUAUAUAUAUAUUAACAGGUCCAGAACAGGUUAACAGAAUUAGAGUUUCAGGCUGUUUAGAAUUACUCCAUAUUCACAAUUUAAUGCCUGAUAACACAGGUGUCAAACUCAAGGCCUGGAGGCCAGAUCCGGAUCGCCACAUCAUUUUAUGUGGCCUGUGAAAGCGAAUCAUGUUGCAUUAACUUCUGUCAUUGUUGAUCAAAUCUAUACCAACAUUUCAAAUUGUUAUAUAGAAUGAAUAAAUUAUGAUACAUUGCACACAAAAAAAGGCAGCACAGUGAGCAACUGGUUAGCACAUCUGCCUCAUAGUUCUGAGGACCCGAGUUCAAAUCCGGCCUGCCUGUGUGGAGUUUGCAUGUUCUCCCCGUGCCUGAGCGGGUUUUCUACCGGUAUUCCGGUUUACUCCCACAUGCCAAAAACAUGCACGGUAGGUUAAUUGAAGACUCGGAAUUGUCCGUAGGUUUGAAUGUGAGUGCGAAUGGUUGUUUGUUUGUAUGGGCCCUGCGAUUGGCUGGCGACCAGUUCAGGGUGUACCCCGCCUCUCACCCGAAGUCAGCUGGGAUAGCACGGCUGUGACCCUAGUGAGGAUAAGCGGUACAGAAAAUUAAUGAAUAUUGCAAAAAAUGUGACCUAACCUCUUUUUAUAUUAACUUGAUCAAUAGUUGAAUAAACUUUUAUCCUUGAAUUUUGAUUUCAAAACUCGUUAGCCAUCAUUUAACGGCCCUCUGAGGGAAACCAAUUACAAUUUUGCUCAUGACAAAAAUUUUGCUCAUGACACCCCGGCAAAUUCACCAUUUUGUAGAGCUGUUGGAAUAUGUAGUGACUAUAUGUUAUACCCUAAAUAGUACCCUCAAUGUAUGUUACAAUGCAUCUCAGUAGUAGUGAACAACCUGAUGGUCACUAGAAAAGCAAUAUAUCCCAUGAUGCAUUGUGCUGAUUGGAGUACAAAUAUCUUCAAGUAGAGCAACACAUCACAACAUUGAUGGACAUAUUGUAAAGUGCUUUGUUUACAUUAAAUUUGUAAAAUAAACCCUUCUUAAAACAAUCUUUAUUACAGAAGGUCAACUGCUAACGUUACUCUGGUACAUUGUAAUUAUGUGAGAGCAAUGACGUAAUUAAUGGCAUGCUUGAGGAGUGUUUAAAAAGUAUGUUUUCAUUUGACCGAUGUGAACUUUAACAUUGUGAUUACGGAGUACGGAAUGAGUUAAUGAUUCCAUUUCCGAACACAGCUUGUCAAUAUCCAGGCAAUACAGGGGGAGAAAAGUCCACUCGUGGGCAUUGUGGGUCUUCACAAUUAGAAUUUGUUGUUGGAAGUGGAUAACUAAAGUUCGUUCAUUAAUCAGCCUUUAUCACACUAUGUACAUCCAUAACCAAAAGUGAAAGAAAGGGAGAAGAAGAAUAAAAUAAGAAUAAUAUUAAAAAGAAUAGGCUCCAGCACACCCGCAACCCUAGUGAGGAGAAGUGGCUCAGAAAACGGAUGGAUGGAUGGAUAAUAUUAAAAAGAUUCAGGGGUACUGUAAGGGCUCUCCUAAAGCAAUGAUAUGAAUGAGGUUAACAGAAUUGGAGUGUCAGGCUGUGUUUGCUGAUGGGGGCCCUCAAAAAAAUAAUAUUUUCAGUUUGCCGCAUUGAACUGGUGAGCUUUUAAGAUGCAUACACAUACACCUGUGACAUACUGUACUUACAAAAAAAAGGUGUUGCAAAUAUGUGGAUGUACUUUGAAUAAUUGUAAAGUUAGUUUUUUAAUUAAAAGAUGUCAUUCUGAAAUUAAUUGAAUCUAAAGACAUGACCUAAUUGUUUUUUCAGGUGUCCCUUUUCUAAAUGAUAUCAGUUCUUGUCAACAAUUAUUUGGUUUUAUUUUUAUAUUGCACAUUUUUACAGUUUGUCACACAGUAGCCUAUACAGACCCAAUUGGAGCACCAAGGCUGAUUGCGCAAAUAUGCUACUUAACAACCAACAAGGCUAAAAUGUUUUAUAUAUUUUACCAAGUUUCUAAAUGAUCGACUCACUCCACAAAACGUGUACCGGAAUAGGACAAUUUAGAAACGGGGGAGAAUUGUGUGAUUACAUAGAGCCAUUAGCUCCUUUAACUGUUAUUAAACAUAGUAGCAGGAUUAAUGUAUAAUGUUGAGUAGCAUGUUUAAAAUAACGAUCAAACUAAAGUUUCACAACUAGGGGGGUAGCGCAAUACAUUAAUUCGGCUUCACAUACGUGAAACGCGUUUGGUCUAUCAAUGGCCUUCGCGGCCACUGUAUUACAUCACUGUCUAGCAACAAGAAGCUGAUUGUCAAACAGAUUUGCCAAAUGUGUGUUGAAACACUUUCGUUUGAUUUCCCCCAUAGUUCUUUCCAGGGGAGAUUUUAAAAGCAUGAUAACAUAAAUCGCAGGAAUACCGCUUUUCGUUGGUCAAUGGAAUCCGUUAGUUAGCACAAGAUUGCUAAACUAGACAGGCAGGCAGGCAGGCACGUAUACGCUGCUACGCUGACAGCAAGCGGAGCAGUCUAAAAGUGCUGUUUGCGCAUAGAAGCGACGGUACUUUGAUCUUAGUUUCCGAUACGUACUUUAGUUUUAGUGCGAUUUUUAUACGAAACCUACAGAGUUGCCACUAUGUCAGACUUGGAGACCCUCACUGUCACUUUCCAGGCGCAGCUUCUCGACGUGAUGGAGACUGUGAUGAAGACCGCCAUGUAUAAAGUCACACAGCUGGUCGAAGAAGGAUUUUUGGAAGAAGUCAAGCGCAGGAACCAGGAGUUGGAGACCCUGAGGAUGAAGUUGGAAUGUGCUGAGAUGAAAUUAAGUGAUCAUGGUUUGAUCGAACGAAAAAAAGAUGGCACGUUUGUUGAUAUUGCAAGUGAUGGCGAUGGCAGCACUUCAGAAGAAAGGCUUGGAGAGUCUCAUGUUGAUCUUUUUAUGUCCUGUGGUGAGAAAAAGGAAAGUGACUCUACUGAAAGAUGGACAGGCAGUCAAAUAUGUGAAAUAGAAGCAGAGGCAGAUGAAGCCCCAGCCAUUCUCAACCCAGAGAACGACACACGAACAAUUGAACAUGCUGAUGGGAUGCCAAGUGUCGAUGUGAAGGAAGAAGUCAAUGAAGAGGGUUGUGAUUCUCACGGUGUAAGUGUGAUGAUAGAAGCACAUCCAGGCGAUAGCCAAGAAACAGCUAAAGGCGAUGUGUUAUUAAGGAAAGAGACAGAGAAAGACCUCCAGAUAUCAAAUGUAUACAACUUUCCUGACGGCCUGGGGACCUCAGACAAAACUACAGAUCUGUCUGUGGGAAUGGACACUGGCUGGGCAGGCCUCACGCUUCAUCAUCAGAGAGUUGGAUCUGACUGGGAGAGUGAUCCUGCCAAAAACAAUUGUUCUUUACAGCAAGCAAAGAAUGAGCUGGGAGACUUUGUUACAGAAGAUGGUAGGAGUCAUGUUAAUACAAGCAGAGAUCAGCUAUCUACCUGCAAAAUUCCUGACUCACUAAGUGUUCCAAUUAAGCAGGAGGUUUUCAUGGAUUCAGGUGGUGGUGGUGACAUGAAGAAUGUCAGAAAAAUGGCUUCGACAACGUCAGGAAUUACAUCGUUCUCAUGUGCAGUAAAAAAAAAUCCAAAUUCCCAUAAAACUGAAAUGCAGGAAGGGAUGAAGCUGCAUUCUAACCAUGCCGAAUGUGACAAGCUGCAGGCUCCGAUGAAACGCUUCAGCCGACCUUUAAAAAAGCCUCCUCCCACACCGUUAAACAGCACACCAGCCUCAUCUCGAACUCACUCUCAGACUUUAAACUUAAAUACCUUAAACAGAAUUCCCUCCUCAUCUAAAACUACGCCCCCAACUGCACUUGUAGUCCAGCGAGAUCACUUUGCAAACAAAUUAACCACCACGCUAUGGGUUACCAACAGCUCGCAGACUCCGUCUACUAACUCCCAACAUGCAUAUCUUUUAUCCCAUCCAGACUGUCCACCUGUGUUCAGUCACUCCCUGCGGUGUGGCCAGUGUGGUAAAUGUUUCCCCCAUCCUAACAACCUUAAGGCCCACCUGCAGACUCACACAGGCGAGAGACCUUUCUGCUGCUCUCUAUGUGGUCGCAGCUUCACCAAGCUGAGCAACCUCAAAGCCCAUCGGAGAGUCCACACUGGAGAGCGACCAUACUGCUGCUUGGCCUGCGGUAAACGGUUCACACAGAAAUGUAACCUGAAACGCCAUCAGAGGAUACAUGUUGACGGAUGAUGGACAGACAACCGUCUCGAAACACCAAUUUUGUGAGCAGAAUAUACUUCUUUUGUGUUUUAAAGACAGGACAAACGAGGUGGUGUUAGAUGUGUAAUAUACAAAAGAUAGGCCAAAUAUUUAUUCUAUGAAUAUAUACCAAUUUUGUCAUUUCCAUAUACUGGACAAUACGGUGCUGAACAAAUUUAUCAGACUUCCUAUCAUAAAGAGACCAGCAUCAUGAUGUGAUUAAAUGUGGAUUCUUUCAAUUUCAACAGUGGCGGGCAGUGCAUUUGCUACCUGAGCCUUCAGUGGGGAUGUACCAGACUUAAUCCAACACUUAAUACCGACACUAUCAUGUUACAAUUGCAGAAAACAAUACUAUACAAAAUUUAUCAAAUAACAUGACAAAAAAAUACAACAUACUCAGCAGAGAUGCUGAUCAUUAAACAUAGUAAUUUGGGCCCAACCUAUUAAUUUUAUCGGACAAUAUUAGUCCUUUGUUAAUUUUUUUUUAAUUAAUGAAUUUUUGGGGGACAUUACAACAUAAGACAAAAAUAAUGACAUUUAAACAAACAACAUCACACGAAAUAAGGAAUAAAUAUAUUUAUAAUAAACAAAAAAUGCCGCAAUGCACAAAACAAUAAACAUAGCAAAUGCACGCACGAAAAGAUCUCCCGUUUCAGUUUAACUCUCUGUACAUCUUAUAUUUAAAAUGUCUCUCUUUCAAACAUGACGUCUUUUGAUAUCUGAGAAUCUGUGGUUUUAAGUCGUCACUUCAUGGCAAACAGAAUAAUGGAGUAGAGAAUUGUGAUUUAACAUUCAAGGGCAUCAUGUAUAAUGUUUUGCCAGUAACUUCAAUCAUCCAGCCAUCCAUUCAUUUUCCGUAUCGCCUAUCCUCACGAGGGUUGUGGGUGUGCUGGAGCCUACCCCAGCUGACUUUGGGCGAGAGGCUGGGUACACCCUGAAAUGGUCGCCAGCCAAUUGCACACACUGUCACAAUCAGCACAUACUGUGUCACAUUCACACCACCGGGCAAUUUAGAGUCUUCAGUUAACCUACCAUGUAUGUUUUUGGGAUGUGUCAGGAAACCAGAGAACCCGGAGAAAACCCACGCAGGAACGGGAGAGCAUACAAACUCCACACAGCCGAGGCCGAAUUUGAACCCGGGUCCUCAGAACUGUGAGGCAGAUGUGUUCCACCGUGCCGCCCACUUCAAUCAUUGUGUUGCUUAUAUAUUGUGUACUUUUAUGGCCAAAAUCUAAAGAUCAAUUUAUCAAUUACUGAUUUCUUGUGUGUUUUUGUACUUGAAAUGGCCUUUAUGUUGUAAAAUUAAACAAAUACUAAAGGAAAAAGGAAAACUGUUCAAU